UUUAAAUAUAUGUUACUCAUAAUACAGUUAAGCAGUGGACAUUGUACCAUGCGCUGUGGCUCAGUCAAUUGUGUAUGUCAAAAUCUUGUUAGGUUCUACCUGGAAAACACUCUGACCACGCCACCUGAUGGCACACACACAACCAGCUUUUAUUCUCUUCUCACAUUACUAACCUAACUCUGUCAUCUAGGUUUCUCACAGGUCUGCCCCUACACACCAUCUGAGCCCUGCAAAUGAUCCAGAAUUGAUCCAGCUGGACAAAUGUUGUUCAACCUCUCCAAGUUCUCCAUCACCCCAUUGCUGCGUUCCCUUCACUGGCUUCCUGUAGCUCCUGCAUCAGAUUUAAACACUGAUGUUCACCUACAAAGCAGCUCCCACUUACCUUAAAGCAAGUCUGCACCAUGCUCCCUCCGAGCCACCCAACAUCUCUCAGGGUAUGAGUAAAAUCUACAUCAACACCCUUCUCUAUCCUGCACCCAGGUGGAGAAACGAACUUCCCCUGGCUGACUGAACAGCUUGAGUUCCCCAACAACACAUCAGUGAUGGAGCAGCGUCUGUUCAUACUCCUGUUUUUCACAGGAUUCACCCCGCUCGUCCUUUCUGUCCCUCGUCAGUACUAUCUGAUCCAGCAGCAGAAAACAUGGAGUGAGGCUCAGGCUUACUGCCGAGCCACACACGAUGACCUGGCUAUCAUAGAAAGUAGUGAUAACAUGGUCCAACUUCAGAAAGAAGCACAGAGACAACAUUUCAGUUCUAGUGCUUGGAUUGGACUGUACAAUGCCGUCAAUAGCUGGCGCUGGUCCAUGGGAAAUGAGACACUGGGAAGUAUGAGACUGUGGUCUUCACCAGAGCCCAACAACUAUGCUGGAAUAGAAUCUUGUGGUCUGAUGUAUUCAACGGGUUGGAAUGAUAUGCCAUGUACAGUGGGAUAUCCCUUUGUGUGCUUUGAUGGCAAUAAAACUGGAAGUCAAAGUUACAUUUACAUCUCUAAUGCACGAUCAUGGCCUGAUGCUCAGCGUUACUGCAGACAGUAUCAUACAGAUCUGGCCAGUGUUAGAAAUUCAACAGAAAACUCAAUUAUACUGGGCCUGAUCUCUGGGGGCACUUGGUUUGGUCUGUUCAGAGACACCUGGAAGUGGACAGACCAAACCACCUUCUCUACCAUUAGCUGGAUGCCUGGAAAUCCUGAUAAUGCCCUGAAGAAUGAAGACUGUGGUUAUUUAAAUAACGGUCAGGUUGUUGAUGCACAGUGCUCAGCUAUAAUGCCUUUCUUCUGUUACUCAGGUGAUUUAAAGUUUUAUUCAGUCUCCUUUUUAUACAACUUUAAACUGAUUUGAAAAUGUUAUUUUAAUUGUGUGUUCAUGUUUGUGUUUGAAUGUGUCUUUGCAUUUCUACAUUUAGCAAUAACGGGAAGAAAACAAAUCUUAAGGAUGAAAGUGCAGUCCGAUCAGGAUGUCAAUGAUCCUGCGCUAAAGGUGUCCAUCUUGGAUCAGGUGGGUCUCAUCCUCCUCAAGACUCCACUUGUAAUGUACAUCGUCUUCCUCAUUACUGCAGUUAGAACCUGAGUCUUCAAGCUCUG